AUGUGUUACUGUACACGUAACCUAGGCAAAACCAAUAAUGAUAUUAAAUGCUUCAUCCGCUGACGGAUACUCUCCCCGCUGAGUGCUCGUUCUGGAAUCUUUAAAUCAACCUGGUAUUGGAGACUCGACUCUUAAACUGAAAAACUGGUCUUUCUGGUACAGGCGCCGAAGUCGGCAGGCUGGGACCUGGCAUUUACAAAAAUAUAGCAGUCAGAAAAUAUUCAUAGAAUAUUGAGAAAUAUUGUCGACGAGGGUUUUUUGUACCGGAUGAAAAGUGUUUUGGGAUUUUCUUCUACUUAACUACUUUUUAAAAACCGAAUCGAUUUAUCUCAAUAAAUCUAUAUCAUCAGUUCAAAUUAAAUUAGAAGAAGUGAGUUUCAAAGUUUCGUUAUUUAAAUCACAGUCAACAUUCGGUCUGAAUAAAAUCCGUUUGGUAGAGCACCGUUUAAACUAUUUGACUCACAGCUUCAAAUUAAUAUACAUUUUACGGUCACCACAUUCUUUAUAUGGCAUGUAGAAUUGCGAUAAUAAAUUCCCCUGAGCUCGGUCCUAUGAUAACUGUAUUCCCAGGAGAAAGCUUUUCCCCCUGAUAACUCAUUCACGGCGCUGCUUACCCAUACUCAUAUAAUGUCGAUGUUGUACAUGACAGAAUAGCGAAAAUGAACGUUCGUCAACAUUUACAUGUCCCAGCCGGACGUCAUUUUCCUUUCAUUUUUUUGCCUUCUGCUGAAGAUAGCUUCCCGACCUAUGAACCAGCAAAGUAGAGGCUUAGGACAUCAUGGCUAGGAUAACAGUGUUGUCUUCCCUCACCUGGGUUUUCAUACCCUAGCCUUGGUCAUGACCUCGUCAACUACUUUCGAAUAUAAGCAUUCUUCUAAGCGGCUUCGUUAAAAUGGUCCGUUCCUAACUGUCUUCAUUCAGAGAGGUGCUUAAAAAUGUGUUUGUUUGCAUCCUAGUAUUCCUUCAAUGUCGCGAGUGAAAAGUGAGAAACGGAGAGCAGGUCGGACGAAGGAAGCCAUAUCGCGUAAACGAUUUAAAGAAGCCCCCGGUUCUGCCCUGUGGGACGCGGUAACACGGCCAUAGAUCGUCCGACCCAGUCAAUGAGUUUACCUGACCGAACAAACUUCAGCCGUUCCGUCAUAGUAUAUUUUUGUUCCUUAUCCGGAAUCGGAUUAUUAAAACAUGAAGCCCAAUUAAGAAAUUCCUUAAAAUUUCAUUUCCAGAACUAUCACGCGGUGUUGAAACCGUUGGCUUGUCCAAGUCCAGGUGAUAUUAGUUUUGGCGAAGUCAUUGCUACGCGUUCACACAAUCUCGUUAACCUGACGAAUACUGAACAGAUCCAGGAUGAUACGCGGAGGUGAAACUCCUCGCGCAGGUGCCGCCACUUUUGCCGCACUCCUGCGCCGAGCUUGAGACUAGUUAACUAAAAUCUUUGUGCGCUGAGUUUCCCUGCUAACGGAAACGAAUGGAACCGGUGGGAGCAGGGGGAACUACCGACCGGUCAUCGAUGCGACGGGGGACAAGGAUGUGGAGGACAUUUACGUUCGCGUAGUGAAGCCCAGCAAGGGAGUCAGGGAACUCACAGCGUUUGAACUGAUCGUGUAA